AUGGUAUCUAGAACCUCCAUCUCCCCCAAAUGUGCAAAGCCAACCUUCCUAGUACCCGAAUAUGUCAAGAAGAUACUGGACGCUUCGGCAGUUGCAAAAGGUACAUGGAGACCUCGAUUACGUCUGGUAGGCAACAAUGUCCCGUCAGUAGAUAUCGCGAUAGUAUGCUGCAACGAAGACCUGUCCGUGAUACUCGAUACGGUGAGAGCCGCUUUGAAUACAGAUUGGCCGAGUGACAGGGUCCGGAUCAUUGUCUCAGACGACGGAGCUCAAAAGAGUGUUGCAAGGGGUGUGCAACGUCUACAAGAGCAGUACCCCAACAGUCACCUCUUCUACACGGCACGUCAGAGGACUCCUGCAAACAGUCACAAAGCAGGUAAUCUCAACCACGUACUCGAGUACACGGCAAGACUUCCAGGAGGCCAGGCGCCAUUCAUUGCGGGAUUAGAUGCCGACAUGAUCCCUGCGAGACACUGGCUGAGAGCACAAUUACCACAUCUGCUCGGGGAUCCAAAGAUGGCAUUUACCUGUCCACCAUCUUGCUUUUAUAACGUUCCCAUGGAUGAUCCCCUGUCGCAGUCACUCUUCGUCUUCCACAAGUUCGAAGAGACGAUAAAGGAUGGAGCAGGCAUCGCGUGGUGCACUGGAUCUGGUUGGGUCAUGAGACGGACAGCCCUGGCCGAGAUAGGCGGCUUCCCUUCGCAAUCACUAACUGAGGAUGUUCUUUGUGGCAAUCUCCUCAUUGGCAAAGGCAGGCAAAGCUACUUGUGCUGA